AUGGAGAGCCUGAAAAAGAUAAAUUUAAUACAAAAAGUGAACGCUGAACUGUACAAUAGCUUAGGGGUAGAGGAUGACAACUUGUCAGAAUUUUUAAUUUACUUAUGCAAAAAAUCCAAGUCGCUUGAACAAUUUUGCAAAGAUGUAUUUGAAAAUGGAGGAGAAAUCGAACAUUCCGUUUUGAAAUAUCUGUAUGAAAUUAUUAAAUCCUCCCUUAAUGAUUCUGAUGACAAGACGGUGAAUUCAAAGGGACGACAUACCCAAGAUGGUGAUCACGAUAAUGAUGAUGGUAAGGACGAUGGAUUGAAGAAUGAGUUAAAAAUGGAAAUUAAACAGAUAGAGAAGAAAAAUGAAAAAAUGAAGAAAUAUCAUUGCCUUACUAUAAAAAACGACGAUAACUUAGCGAAAUCUUUUCAUGAAGAAUAUGAAAACAAAAAUGAAAAACACUGCAUUGAAGAAACAACGGUUAGGCAUAAACGCAGCAGUACUGAAAGGAGAAACAAUGAACAUGAAAUAACUCAUAGCAAUCGAGAUAGGAAUUAUAGGGAUGAUAAAAAAAGGAAACAUGGUAGAGAGACGAAAAUGUAUGAAGACGAAAGGGACAGAGAUUCACUAAGGGUUAAUAAUAUUUUUAAUGGAAGUGUGAGUAAAAUCAUGGAUUUUGGAAUUUUCGUUUCUUUUAGAACCAGGAAAGAUGGAUAUAAAGAAGGAUUAGUACAUUGUACAGACAUAUUACCAAAUCGAAAGAGAUUGAUGAAUAUAAAUGAAAAGUUCCAUAAAGGAAUGAAAGUGAAAGUGAAGAUAAAAGCUAUAUUCGGAGAAAAAAUAAGUUUAAAUAUGUCAGAAGUAGACCAAAAAACUGGGAAAAAUUUAGUUAGUGACAACGAAGACGAUGAUGUAGUAGGAGAUGGAAAGAAAGGAAAAAAUCAAAACUUCAUUUCAAUAUUUGACGAUUUACAAGAUGAUUACAAAGAAAUAAAAAAACAUAAAUCAGAUGUUUUUAAUGAUGAUCCAAAGGAAACAUUAAAAUACGAAAGUGUAAUUAAAAUGCAAAGUGAUUACUCCAAAUGGGAAAUUCAGCAGCUAAUGAAAAGUGGAAUUAUAUAUGAUGAGAAUUUAAAAAAAGAAUAUAAAAAUUUAAGAAUUGAUGAAAAAAUUGAAGAUGAAGAAGAAAUAAUAGAAAUUGAAGUUAAUGAAAGAGAACCAGCAUUUUUAAAGGGACAAACAACUAAAGCAGGGGCUAAAUUAUCACCUAUUCAAGUUAUUAUAAACGCAGAAGGAUCUCUAGCAAGAGCUAUAACAACUACGUCUGCUCUAGCAAAAGAAAGAAAAGAACAAAAACAAAAUGAACAAAAUGCUAUUUAUGAUAGUAUUCCAAAGGAUAUUAGUAGACCAUGGGAAGAUCCAAAACCAGAUUUGGGAGAAAGAACAAUAGCUGAAGCUUUAAAAAAUAUCGGAAAAAAUUUUGAUCUACCUGAAUGGAGAAAAAAUUAUAUGAACAAUAACAUAUCCGUUGGUGUUAAAAAUCCAAUGCCUGUUAAUGAACAAAGAGUAAAAUUACCCAUAUAUAAUUUAAAAAAAGAUUUAAUGAAAGCUAUUCAAAAAAAUAAUGUACUUAUUGUAAUUGGAGAAACUGGUAGUGGGAAAACCACUCAAAUACCACAGUAUUUGCAUGAAGCCAAUUAUACUGAUAAAGGAAUUGUUGGAUGUACACAGCCAAGAAGAGUUGCAGCCAUGUCCAUUGCAAAAAGGGUUAGUGAAGAAUUUGGUUGUAUCUUAGGUCAGGAAGUUGGUUACUCUAUUCGUUUUGAUGAUUGUACAUCAAAUGAUACCGUCAUCAAAUAUCUCACGGAUGGUAUGCUUUUGAGGGAAACACUCAGUGAUACAAUGCUUUCCAAAUAUUCCUUCAUUAUACUAGAUGAAGCCCACGAACGGACCAUCUCAACAGACAUAUUGUUCUGCCUUUUGAAGGACGUGGUGAAAAAACGAUCUGACUUUAAAUUGAUCGUAACAUCUGCCACACUGGAUGCGGAGAAAUUUUCAAACUACUUUUUUAAUUCCCCCAUUUUUACCAUCCCCGGGAAGAUAUUUCCAGUAGAGAUCCUGCAUUCGAAGGAACCCGAAAGCGAUUAUUUGGAAGCUUGUUUAAUAACGGUCUUGAACAUCCACCUGAACGAGCACCCAGGAGAUAUCUUAGUGUUCCUAACUGGUCAGGAGGAAAUCAAUACAGCAUGUGAAAUAUUGCAUGAACGUAUGAAAAAAUUGGAAAGCAUGUCUCCUCCACCCUUGAUAAUUCUUCCCAUAUAUUCCUCCCUGCCAUCCGAAAUGCAAAGUGUUAUAUUUGACCCUGCACCACAAGGAUGUAGAAAAUGUGUGUUGGCAACAAAUAUAGCAGAAGCUAGUUUAACUAUAGAUGGUAUUUUUUUUGUUAUUGAUCCAGGGUUUUGUAAAAUAAGAAAAUAUGAUUCCAAGAGAGAUAUGGAUUCCUUAGUUGUAGCACCCAUCUCAAAAGCAAAUGCAAAACAGAGAGCAGGUCGUGCAGGUAGAACAGGACCAGGGAAAUGUUAUAGAUUGUACACAGAAGAAGCAUAUAAAAAUGAAAUGGCUGAAACGAGUAUUCCAGAAAUACAAAGAAUAAAUUUGGGAAGUACAGUUCUUUUAUUAAAAGCUUUAGGAGUUAAUGAUUUCCUACAUUUUGAUUUUAUGGAUUCUCCAUCUGUUGAGACUCUUAUACAUUCGUUAGAAAAUUUAUACUACUUAGGAGCGUUAGAUGACAAUGGAUAUUUAACAAAACUAGGGAAGAAAAUGUCCAAUUUUCCAAUGGAACCAAAUUUAUCAAAAAUUUUAUUAACAUCCAUAAAUUUUAAUUGUGCAGAUGAUGUAAUAACUAUAGUUAGCAUGCUUAGUGUUCAGAAUAUAUUUUAUAGACCACAAAAUAAAGCACUUUUAGCUGAUAAAAAGAAAAAUAAAUUUGUAAUGCCUCAAGGGGAUUUAAUAACAUAUUUAAAUAUAUAUAAUAAAUGGAAGGAAAAUAAUUACUCAAAUUAUUGGUGUCAUGAAAAUUUUAUGCAUUCAAGAGCUUUAAAAAGAUCACAAGAUGUACGUAAACAGUUACUUUCCAUAUUCGAAAAAUAUAAUUAUCAAGUGAAAAAAAAUACUAGUAGAAAUGAAUCCACAAAAUAUGUAAGCAUAUGUAAAAGUAUCUGCUCAGGUUAUUUCAAUCAUGUUUGUAAAAGAGAUAGUCAGCAAGGAUACACUACACUUCUCACGAAUCAACAAGUCUUUAUUCACCCCUCGUCAACACUUUUUAAUAAAAAUCCACUUUUUAUCGUUUAUCAUGAGUUAGUUCUUACAAAUAAGGAAUAUAUACGAGACUGUACUAUCAUUCAACCUCAGUGGUUGAUUCAGUUAGCCCCUAAUUUGUUUAUUCCAGCUGAUGAAAAAAAAAUUUCCAAAAUUAAAUUGCGUGAGAAAAUAGAACCUCUUCACAAUUAUUACGAGGAACCCAAUGCAUGGAGACUCUCCAGGAGGAAGGGCUAG